UUGGUCUCAUAAUCUCAGCUUUGAUUCAAAUCGAAACCUCAUAACUGGUUUAGAAUCUGAAGUUAAGGUUUGUGUAUUCGCGCAGACUAAUUCUUUUUUCAGCCAAAUAAUAUUGUUUAAUAUUUAUUUUACAAACAUAAAGUAAGGUAAAUAUAAUUUAAUCCUAUUUAUCAGCCGAAUUUGAGAAACUUUUUAUAAGCCUGGCCAAUAAGACUUUUCUACCGCCAAUAGCUAUAAGAAGGGUAAAAGAAGGCUUUCUUUUUCGUCACUGAAAAUCGAACAAAAAAUGGCGAUGGCGAGCGUGCGAUCUGGUCUCCUCCGAACCGCCCUUCGCGGCGGAUCUCGUCCUCCUGCUCCUCCCAAGCGAGGCUUUUCUUCCUCUCCUAAUCACGACGAUGCUUAUGAAACGGCGAAAUGGGAGAAGAUAACAUAUUUAGGCAUUUUAACCUGCACUGGUUUAGCGUUUUAUAACCUAUCGAAGGGUCAUCCCCACUAUGAAGAGCCUCCUCCAUACCCCUAUUUGCACAUUCGCAACAAGGAGUUCCCAUGGGGUCCGGAUGGUCUGUUUGAAGUGAAGCAUCACUAGCACAACGGAUUUCUUGUUGGAUGCAUAUUUCCAACUCUAAGUUUAGCCCAUUUCUUUAUUUGUUACACAGACCAAUCAGAUAACUGUGGAUGCAUUUUACUUUCUUGAUUUCAAGACUUGCACUGCAAGUUCUUCUGUUAUUUCUUAUUUUUUGGGCCGGUUGUCUACUAUACACUUUUUUUGAAAUAAGAUUAAUAAAUGUUGGAGCUUAGAAUGUAA